CGCACACACUGAGUCCUAGAUCACAUGAUCAAAUGUCAGAGCACGGUUUGAAAACAUGUCGCUGCACUUUACAGAUGAGGAAUUUCUGGAGGCAUGGAAAGAAUUAGAUAAACCUCAAUUGGAGGGGGGGGUGGGAGUUUUUCACAGAGACAAUGGGUGUCAAAAUUUACCGGCUGUAUGACAAGGAAACUGGACUUUAUGAGUACAAAGUCUUUGGAGUGCUUGUCACCUGCACUCCAGAACUGUGUGCUGAUGUCUACAUGGACUUGCCCUAUCGGAAACAAUGGGAUGGAUAUGUCAAAGAGCUGCAUGAGAAGGACUAUGAUGGUCAUUCAGCAAUCUACUGGGAGGUGAAAUACCCUUUUCCUCUGUCAAACAGAGACUACGUGUACGUCAGGGAGCGGAGGGACGUUGACGUGGACAGCAGGAAGAUCUGGGUGGUCCUGGCUAAGAGCUCCCCACAGUCCCCUUUACCAGAGAAGAGUGGGGUGCAGCGAGUGAAUGACUACAAGCAGACUGUGGCCAUGGAGAGUGAUGGUGCCUGUGGCGCUAAAGUCUUCAUGAAUUACUUUGAUAACCCUGGUGGUAAUAUUCCAACCUGGCUUGUGAACUGGGCAGCCAAGAGCGGAGUGCCUGCCUUCCUUACAGACAUGCAGAAGGCCUGUGGCAAUUACUCAAACUACUGCCAGAAGAACAAGAAAUGAACGCCCUUUGUGGGAAGUCGCAUCAAAGCCACAAGGAUUGCAUUUUUCAGCCCAUCGUUCAAUAAAGUCUACACUUAGUGUCUGAGGGCCAUUGUGGGUGUUUUGGGUAUGGUUGGAGACUUAUUACAAAGUCAAUAGGUGAAAGUGGUGUUGGUGUAAUCUGCAGCUAGAUGUGGUACUGACUGGGGCAUGUACUGUAUUUUAGUUAUUAGUUGUAUAAAAAAUAUGUAUUUCAAUUGAAGUUAUCUGGUACUGAAUUCCUACUCCUAUGUAAAUGUUGUAUUUUGGGCAUGCCCACAGUAAGGGCUUGGAUGAGAUCUGUAGUGAUCUACCCCCUGUUUUAACGAGUACUGUUUCUUUGACUACAAUGGCUUUUCCUUUUAUUUUCCUGUUGUUUGUUAUGGUCAAAUGUAUGUUGUUUUUUAAAUCCUACAUUGUUUUAUUUAUGAAUGUUCAGCCAAUGAAUGAUAUGCAUUUUUGCACUUGUGAUUAAGCACUGAAAUCAAAUCAACUUCCAAACCUUAAUGUCUAUAGGAAAAAAUGCAGUGCUGUAAUUCUACUGUUCAUCAGCCUAUUAAUUUGUGAAUGAUUAGUUUCUCAGCAGCUCUAUUGAGGAAGGAUUUCUGUACUCUACAAUGCAACGUUGUUGCUUAGGCAAGCAAGGCUGAAUCAAAAGCACACUAGAUUUUUAAUUUGUAUUUCCCUAUUGGACAUUUUGAAUGUACAUAAAAAAAAAAAAAACGGAUUUUGUCCUAUCAUUAAUAGUUGCCUGGAGUGAUUUGUUGUGAUACUUGAAAUUUACAAAAACACGAUAAUUAAAUAGUUUAAGUUAAUUAUUCAUAUGUUGAAUCUUCGAGAGCUACAGUAGGCCUAUACCUCUUUAUCCUUGUGUGGUUGCAAUUAGGCAUCCAAUUCUAUGGAAGUAAUACACACUGUAUCACCAUCUAAUACAUAUCAAUAAAAAUGACGGCUGAGAUGAAA